AUGGGGAAAAGUAGUAAGGAUAAAAGAGAUUUGUACUACCGAAAAGCCAAAGAACAGGGAUUCAGGGCCAGAUCUGCAUUCAAACUCCUGCAAUUGGAUGAACAAUUUCGUUUUCUAGACAACGUCACUCGUGUGGUGGAUCUGUGUGCGGCACCGGGUUCUUGGUCACAGGUUCUGUCCAGACGACUAUUCGAAGACGAUCCUGAAAAUGCCGAUAAAAAGCGUAUAGUCGCUGUUGACUUACAACCCAUGUUUCCAAUAGACCAUGUUACGACAAUUCAAGCAGAUAUCACACAUCCCAAGACGCUGAGUAAAAUCAUGGACCUUUUCGAAGGUGAAAAAGCAGACUUUGUGUGCAGUGACGGUGCCCCCGAUGUCACAGGGCUUCACGAUUUGGAUGAAUAUGUUCAACAACAGUUAAUUCUCAGCGCACUCCAAUUAACAACCUGUCUUCUGCGUGAAGGAGGUGUUUUCGUGGCUAAAAUCUUCAGAGGAAGGGAUAUCGACAUGUUAUACUCACAAUUAGGCUACCUUUUCGAGCGGGUUGUUUGUGCUAAACCUAGAUCGUCAAGAGGAACUUCACUGGAAAGCUUUGUGGUCUGUCUAGGAUACAAGCCACCCACAAACUGGGAACCGCGUCUUGACGUGAACAUGUCUGUCGAGGACUUUUUUCAAGGCUGUGACAUCGGCAGACUAACCAUAAAAGACGAACUCCCAGCAUAUCGUGAAGAACCUAGAAGCAUCGCCGAAUUCAUUUCAUGUGGUGGGCUCAACAGUUUCGAUUCUGAUGCUACGUAUCACGACGUUCCUAUAAACGCUACUGCAUUAGACCCCGUCCAGCCGCCAACUAAUCCACCAUACAAACGGGCGUUGGAGUUGAAGCGCAAGGGCAAACUAACAAGAGCCGCGCAAUGA